AUGGAAGCAUUCGCUAGUCUUCCAGCUCAACAGCAUAAAUUGCCCACAUCAAACAACGAUGACAAUGCACCUUAUCUGUCUUUAUCUCAGUUUGAUGUAGAGUUACAACAACAAGCUCAACUGGCCAUACAGCAUGAAAUGGCAGCAUGGGAAGAUUUUGAAAAUUAUUUGCCGCCUGUCAAUAACAACACUACACAUUACAAUCAAAAUGCCUUUGUUCAACAGUAUAAUCAGAACCCACUUCAGUCUAUUGAUCAACAGCUAUGUAACACCAAUAGUUUAAAUCUACCAUCCUCACCUCAAACUAUGAGCAGUAGCUCCAGCAGCCAUUGGACGGCGCCUCCAGAUGCCACAGACAUCAAACUUGAAUACACUAGUCCAGAGCAUGUAGCAUUUACUUCUCCGAGCAGUGAAGCCAUGCAGUCUAUCAUUUCGCCUUUUGGUAGCCCUGAACAGCAUACUUUAUAUCAUCGCUCUCCCAUCUCCACAUGCAAUACUACACCAUUGGAAACUCCCUUGCAUUCACCGAAACAUAACAUCUUUGCUCCUAUGAAUUUCAGAGUUCAGCCACAACCACAUCAGCACAGUCUCGUCCAAACCACCACACAGCAACAGCAACAAGCUACUUCUCCUGUUGAAGAUAAACAAAAGCCAUCUAGUACUGAACUGAAUCCUAAUGUUGCAGCCGCUGCUGCUGCUGCUAUAGGAACCAAUUUGAACAACAAUACAGCCCCUGCUUCUACUGUCAAUGCUGCUAAUGUUGCUCAACUGCCAAUGCCUCAACAAAAGAAGACUGCGCACAACGCGAUUGAACGUCGCUAUCGAAACAAUAUCAAUGACCGUAUCACGGAGCUGAAAAAUGCUGUUCCUGCCUUGCUUUACGCCAAGGUGAAAGACUCUCGCACUGGCAACAAGAGAAGCCAUCGUGCUACUAAUAACGAAGAUGAUGAAGACGAUGAAGAUGGCGAAGAAUACCUCGAUGGUGUCGCCAUUGCUACCAAGCUGAAUAAGGCUACUAUUCUCCGCAAAGCUACCGAGUACAUCUUGCAUUUGAAGCGCACAGGGGAUGACUUGCGACAAGAGAAUGCCACACUGCAACAUCUUCUUGGUCAGUUGCCUGGUGGGCAUGACGUAUUGAGCCGCUAUCGUAUGCAAAAGAUGCAACGCGAGCAAGAAUUCCAACGACAACUACUACAAGAGCGUGCUAUGCAAAAGCAUAAACAGCAACAGCAACGCAAAUCUAACAGCAGAAAGAGAUCUCGCCAUCCCGAAACUCCAGAGAAUGAAUAUGAGUCUUGUUCUUCCUCCAAUUCUGCUGACCCACUGACACCUCCUACUGUCAAUCCAGCAAAGAAACAGCGUCAGCAACAAUUGCAUGAUAUGAUUCAGCAGCAACACCAGCAACAAGGCAACAAUACUAAUGUUGCUAAUCGUGUUUUCAUGGCCGUGUUUAUGGCCAUCAGCUUCUUCUCUGCUUCUCCUCUCUCUGCGGGCCCCACCUCCAAGGAACAGUUUGAGAACCACAACCACAUUUCUCGUACCGCUGAUAGCAUCUUUGCCUCCAACUCAAGCUCUGACAACUCGUUCCUCUCUACAUUGUUCCCUCUCCAUGAUGGCUGGUCCGCUUUGCGGUCUACCAUGUUUGCCGUCUGCCUUGUUCAAUUGUUUUUCCCUGUCUUGAGGUUUUGGCUUUCUUAUGGUUUCAAAGUCAAGAGAGUCAACAAGAAAUCUAGAACUGCGUCUCCUGAAAACAAGUCGUCGCUCAACGGAAACAUUGCUUCUCAUGUCACUUCAUUGACGCCUGGCGACCAAAAAUGCAUGCAAAUCUACAGCAUCCUGGUGAAGUCCCUGGAAAACGAUGAAAUCUCAAAGUCUCAAAAGCCAUCAGUUCUUCCUCAAAACCACAAAAGCACUCUUGGUUUCUACAUUACCCUUGGUAAAGAAAUUGCUCGUUUUGUCAGUCGUCAUUGGCUCGGCUAUGAAAUAUUGUAUGAUGACAAGGACCUGACGCCUCAGGAACAAUGGGUCCAAGCUUGUAAAUGGAUCAAGCUAAACGAGGUUGAAUGCCUCGGUGGCAACCCCAAUGUCACUCGCUCCUCCAUGCUCUACUCCUGCUUCCACAUGCUCAAUCUCAUUGAACUGAUGGAAGAUGAUGACAACGAGUAUGUCGAGCAAUCUCGUUCCCGAGUAUACGCCACCACUGCCUUGCAAAUGGCUCUUGUUAUUCCCCAUCAUGGCCUGUCUGAAAUGCUUUCUCGCUACUUUUGGCGCUUGUCCAUGUAUGAGUCUGGCCUUGAAGACGACCCAUUGAUGCGUGCUCUUAUUUUUGACUGUCAUGAAGACGACGGCGAGGAUCGAAUGGAGGUGAUGCUUGCUUCUCGCGCUUGGAAUGAAACAUUAGAAGUCAUGAACCAACAAAUCGAACACUUUGGUAAAGCCGAAGCUCGUGGUCUCUCGCUAUCUAUGACAGCGCCUGUUCUUGUGCCCGUUGGUAUCCUUUCUACGCUUCAUUUGCUUGAUAAUUUGCAAACACAGUUUGGUCGUCUUGUCAUCUCUGUCACUGCCAAGCCUCUUACAGCUGCAAUGGUUGCCGAGGAGAGUGAACGUGAAACCGCAUUUACUCAGUUGAUGGAUAUCACCGACCCUGCCAUGGAGAGCGACAACCGCUUUGGUGAUUACCAUCGCUUGGCUCACUGGCUCGCUGCUGUUGGUGCUACUGUGGAUGCUCUCUGGAAGAGCGAUACCAAGGCUGCCGAGAAGUUGCUCAAGACUUUGGUUGAGAAGGUACCUCGCUCUCUUGUGUCUAGAGAAAUCACUGGAGCCGACAUUGUUUGUCAUAAGGAUCGUAUGAACCAAUUGGAUGAAUUAAUCAAAAAGAGCAUGAUUCACAUUCUGGUCGGCGCCUACUUGCUUAAACAAAAGGGUGAAGAACAACGUCGUCGUGGUAUUGAAGAGCUUUGGAAGGCAGAGCAAAUCAAGACUCAAAUCAAGAAGAUGGUGAAUCUUAACAAGGACAGCUCUACCAAGCGUCGCUAUCAAAAGAAGGUGGAACACGACCAUGAUCUUGAAAGCUCUGUAUUGGCACUUGCUGAAUUUGUCACUCAUGUAACUGGUCUGGAAGCCUGGAUUUCUGCAUGGCGCUUAGCGCCUGUAUUAGCCGCUGACAGCAAGGACCGCGAUGUCUGGGAGAACACCAUGACUGAGCAAGUCCGUAACGCUAGUCUACAUUUGCGUCGCAUGAUUCGUCGCCACUCACUGGAUGGAUUGCGCACAAAUCAAGCUAUUGUUGAGCGUCUGAGUCGCUUGGGUGCUUAUGUUUCCAGUCAGAUUGAUGAGAUUGACUCUGCUUGUGAAUGCUCUGAAUUUGAUGAAGAACAUGAGUCAGUCGGCGUUAAGAAAGACAAUAGCGCUCUGCUCGUUCGUCGCUCAGAAAAAGCAUUGGAAAUUCUUCGAGGUCUUUCUUAA